GAGCUUGCUGCGCCUGAUCAUUAUGUAUUUGUUAUGUUUGCCGUCACGUGACUUCAACUGACCAAUGACAGCAGCGAGAUCUGAUGCCCAACGCGAGCCGUGUUCUUUUGCAGUUGUUUUUUAAUCCGCCCGUAUUUCCAACCAACCCAAGUCCCGCCUCCUGUGCUGUCGGAUUGGUAAAUGAAUGUCCCGCCUUCCGUGCGGUGAUGCGCCGUUUAGCGCCCAACUGAUUGGCCAACUUAGACGUCUUUCGUCUGCAUCGUCAUGGCAACAGAACAGAAACAGCGGAAGCGCCUGAGAGUCCUGCAAGAAAGGCCAGGCCUGACUGGUGCUUUUUAAAGCGAAUUGUUUUUUAUUUUUAUAUCUUUAAAUGAUUUUAUUUAUUUAUUUUUUGCGUUAAUUUUCUGCGCCUAUACUCGUGUAAUUCAUUCGUUUGCUCAUUUGAGCCAUUUUCAUUGCUCGUUUAUGCCGGCCAAUCGGACUGCAGUGGGCGGGGCUUAUGGGAAUACGGAUUAGGAAACAUUAACGUGUCGUUCGUGGCUGCGGUUUUCGCCGUCACUGGGAUCAGAGGGGUUUCUCUUAUCACCGCUUAUCGCCUCGGAAUGAUGAUGUGACUCCGUGCAGUGAAGAUGUCGCUAGCGCUGAGGAUGCUGUGCUUGGCUAAUUUGUGAGCAGCAUGGACGAAGCUGCCAGCCAGCUGGAGAGAGACCAUGUUCACAGCGUGUACGAGAGGAUUGCGCCGUUCUUUAAUGACAGUCGCUACAAGGCUUGGCCAAGAGUCAAGCAGUUCCUGUUGGAGCAGGAACCAGGCAGCAUCGUCGCUGAUGUGGGAUGUGGCAAUGGGAAAUACCUGCACAUCAAUGAAAGCAUCUUUAAGAUGGGCUGUGACGUGUGCCGUCCGUUGGUGGAUUCGGCCUGGAGUCGAGGUCAUGAGGUUCUGCUGUGUGACGGUCUGCGUUUACCCUACAGAGACGGCUGUUUUGAUGCCGUGCUCUCCAUCGCAGUCAUCCACCACAUGUCGACCAAAGAGCGUCGGAUCCGGGCGCUAAAAGAAAUGGCGCGCACACUACGAGUUGGAGGUCGAGUCAUGAUCUACGUGUGGGCCAUGGAGCAGAAAAGACGCAAGUUUGAGAAGCAGGACAUCUUCGUGCCCUGGAACCCCAACCCUCCCUUAUCCUCUGCCUCAAGAGGACGUCUCAGACCAAGGCAACGUGGCAGUGGAACCCAGAGCGUUAGCGAUGCCCCAGAGUCUGACGACAUGCACAGGAACACAAGCACAUCGUCAAUGGUAGAUGAAGAAGAUCCAGGAAGCCCCGCACAGCAGAGGAAGCAGAAGCUUUGGUUUUUCUCCAGGUCUCUGGACUCCGUGCUGGAUUUAAGCAGCCUGACCGUGUCUCGCUCUUCCUCCAGAGAGCUCAGUGCUUUCUGCAGCCCCACUGAGGAACCUGAGGCGAGAACCCAAGCGAGAAGCACAAGAGGACGAGCACUGAUCAGACAAGUAUCCAGCUUUUUCACCAACCCGUCCUCCAGGAACAGCCUAGAAGAGGACGUGUUCGUCUCAGAACCGCAUGAGCAGAUGCAGAAAGCCGAGUGUGGGAACGGGACGGUUUCGGUCGCGCUGGUGCAGGACUGUUCAUCAGUGCCCUUACCGGAUUUGGUGUCUCGACAGAGAGAGCGCUCAGGUAGCGAACGUCUCGGAGAGGACGAUGGAGGAGAUCUCGGACAGGAAAGUGCAGUGUCUCUUCAGCAGCAGCAGGAGGAGUGGAGUAAAGACAAGCUGAAUGAGUCGUGUCUGCGCUAUUACCACGUCUUCAGAGAGGGGGAACUGACUCAGCUGAUCGAGGAACAUGUCGAGGAACUUCACAUCCUGCAGACCUACUUGGAUCAUGCCAACUGGUGUGUAGUGGCUGAGAAGGUCCAUGUGUGGAGGGUUUAGUUUCUUUGUUUAUUUAUUACAAUAUUUAAUUUUUUAACAGUGUAGUCUUUUAAAAUUGUUUUAAUGUUUCUUUUUUUAAGGAUUUGAAUCUUUUUGACUGCAGUGGUCAUAUCUGUAUUCAUAAUAAACCCAUUGAGGUUGUAGAUCAUCUUAUCUGAGGAAAGAGACAGAGAGAGAGUGUUCAGUGUGAUGCUUGCUCAACCGUUUAACGAGCUUGGUGCUGUGAUGCUUUUGGGAGCUGUAUUACAAUUUUCUUAUUAGCUUUUUCUGGUCUGAAAUAUAUAUAUAUAUAUUUUGUUUUUAAUUUAUGUAUGUCCCUAAUUUUUCCACUAACUAAGGCAAUUUAAAAUGUUAAAAGUUUACUAAUAUCCCUUAUGGCACUGAUUUUCAUGGCAAAUACAAUACUGUUAGCUGUCUUAAGCAAUUCCUGCCUGACACGGACAUCAUUGCACAUCGUCGUACUGAACCAAACAAUGUGAGCACAUAACUAGCAUUUAAAUAGUGAAUGCUCCCUUCUCAGGAGUUUGUUUUUCUGUCAUGUGAUCGUGGCGUAUUGUGUUAUGUUGAACUGUUUACCCGAGAUGAAUGGUCAUAUUGCUGCUUGUUGGAUUUCAGUAGAUCGCACAAAAAAAAUCCCUUCCUCAAAACUUCUAAAUAAUUCCAUUUGAACCAUUGGCUGCUGGUGUUGAUGAACAUUUUACAUUGUAAUGCUGAUGUACUGUGUCUACUUAUUGUGCCGUGCCACGGGUCUUACGUUACUAUCCUUUGUAAACUUGAACCAUUUUGUUUUUUGUUUUAAUUUAUUAAACUGCGUGUUCUUACUGUUUAUUUAAUAAAUACUGUAUAAUUGAGUGAGUGUAAGUGAAUAAAUAGGCUAUAUUUUAUUCUCAUCUACUCGGAUAUGCUGUGAUCAUUUCAUUCAUCUCUUAAGAACCUGGUUAAUAAACACAUCAGUUGUGUAUUUUUAUUUAUUUAUUUUUUAAAUGAUUAACAGUUUGAGAUGCUAUGUAAUGAUUUCAUACUUAAUUAAAUCGGACAUUUAAAGAAAUUAAGUGCUGUCAAAUUCUCAGAGCUGGUCAAAAGACAGUAGUAGCACCGAUUUAACUCAUUUUAAUGUUAUUGUUUCUAUUCUAACAACUCAAAUAAUCUGGGAAUAAUAAUAAACAGAUUUUUAAAAAAUGUAUAAUCAUUGAUAUGGUAAAGUUUUUUGCAAGGACAAUUUUAUUGAAUAUUUAUAGAAGGAGUCUCCAGUGUCAACUAUGUAAAUUCCACCAUGUGAAAGUCUGGUUCUGUUUCAUUGUUCCAGACCACCAGAGACCGUUAGUACAUGGUGGAAGGAGUUGUGUCUCGUGCAUCACAUCGAGAGUCUCGUUUUGAUUCAGUCGCAUGUGACCUUGACCAAUGGCAUGAUGGAAGCUAUUUCAGUUUCCGCCUGUCGCGGUCGAUUCCGCCUGUGGGUUGGCGUUGCUCCCCUCUAUAGCUGUGUCUCGAGAAAACGAAUGAACGAACAUACAUUGGAUAUUGGAUUUUGGAUUCGUCGUUGGAUUAUAUUAGAUUCGUUGGAAUUGCUUGUUGGAUUACUCAUCGAACAGGGGUUUAAAUAUGAGGUAUCACACAGGCAAAAUUCCCU